GGAGGUUGAAGACGAAUGACGUCUGUUGGAUCUUGAUCAGACGGUUGAGAUAGAAGGAGAAUCUGACUGUCGCCUAGCCGCUCCCUUUUAGCUCUGGUAAAAACCUCGGUUUUCACACCAGUUUCUGCACUAGAACUUCUCUUUCCGUCCAUUUUCGCUCUGUUUUCAUCUCUAAUUGGUACGACUGUCGGUUCAUAUCGAGUGGAAUGCAAGCCUCGGGUGCAACUUGUGACAUUUUACCCCAGGUUACACCAUUUUAAGGUUCAUAGCAGAAAAGCUUCUUGCUAAAUCUCUGGCUAAUAGACUUAAGACUCACCUUCCUGACUAUAUUGAUCCCGCUCAACAGGCUUUCAUACAAGGUAGGCGUAUCAGUGAUAACAUCAUUAUUGCUCAGGAAAUUGCUCACUCUUUUUCUCUUAAAUCUUGGAAUCAUAAAGCUUUCAUGCUCAAAAUUGAUUUUGCUAAAGCUUUUGACCGUCUUGAGUGGAACUUCAUUGUUUCUGCUUUGGCUCGUAAAGGACUGCAUGGUCAUUUCAUAAAUUUGGUUCAUGCCUGCAUCUCCUCACCUACUUUCUCUGUGCUUAUUAAUGGUCAACCCUCUCAAAAAUGUAAAAACUACAGAGGUAUUAGACAGGGCUGCCCCAUGUCUCCUUAUUUAUUUGUUCUAGCUAUCAAUGAGUUAUCCAUUAUGCUGAAUGAGGCUUUGCAGGACAAUCAUUUGUUUGGUAUUUCUCUUGGACCAAAUUGCCCUUCUGUGCAUUCCUUACUGUUUGCAGACGAUCUUCUUGUCUGUGGGCAGGCUACUUGUCAGGAGGCUCAGGUUAUGGCCAACUUGAUUAAUCACUUCUGUAACAUCUCUGGCCAAACUCCUAACUGGAGUAAAUCAGCUAUCUUUUUGAGUUUUCAUGUUCCUCAGUAGGUAAGAGAUGACAUUAAAAGCAUUUUUCCAGUAGCUAAUCUGGAUGACAACUUCACUCAUUUAGGUCAUCCUCUCAUUCUUCCUGCUAACAAUAGAGCAGCUGCUUACAACUUUGUCUUAGAUAAAUUUCUUAACAAGCUGCCUUCCUAUAAAGCUAAUAUGCUUUCUCAUGCUGCUAGAUUGGAAUUAAUCCGUUCUGUUUUCUCGGCCAUUCCAGUUUAUUACAUGUCUAAUAUUUUAUUCUCAAAAAAGUUCAUUGCUAAACUUACUGCAGUAAUCAGAAACUUCUGGUGGACAGGUAUUAGAGAAACAGAUUCCAGGAAAAGUCUUUGCCUUCGUGCUUGGAAGGACAUUUCAAAUUCAAAAACAGAAGGAGGAUUGGGUAUCAGAAACUUGAGGGCAAUUAAUGAAAGUCUAAUUCUAGCUGCGGCUUGGAGGUUAGCAAUUAAUCCUACUUCACAUUUAUAUUCUGUACUCCGAGCCAAAUAUUUCCCUAAUACAACUAUUUGGAAAGCUACUCCAGCUCCUCCUAAGUCUGCUUUUUGGGCUGCUAUUCUUAAAAUGUUUCCCAAGAUUAAAUAUCAUGCGUUCUACCAACUGACCCAGGGGAAUAUUUCUUUAUGGAGCAUGCCUUGGUGUACCAAUUGGAAUACUAUUCAUGACUACCUUAUUCCUCAGCAUUCUGCGUUUGCUUAUCCCUCUUUAGUUAAAGAUCUUUGGAUGACAGACGCUAGGUCUUGGAAUCAUCAGCUCAUCCGCCAACUUUUUAGGGAACCUCUUGCUUCUCAAAUCAUCAAUACCAAUAUUAUUCAGGAUGAUAAUGAAGAUCUUCUUUGUUGGCCUUUAGCUCCCAAUGGUAGCUGUUCUCCUAAACAUGCUUAUAAAAUUUGUUUACAGGACAUUCAUGCUCAUCCUAGAACAGCUCCUACUCAAGUUGCCACUGAUUUAAAAAACUUUCUUAAAGUGAUGUGGAAAAACAAUUCCAUGCUCCCUAAAAUCAAAACUUUCGCUUGGCAUCUUCUUAGUAAAGCUCUGCCUACAGGUAUGAGAGCAGGUAAAUUUUCCAGUCAUAUUUCUCAAAUUUGUUCUAGAUGUGCGCAUCACGAAGAUGAUUUCCAUCUUUUUUUCCUUUGUCACUUUGCUAGAGCUGCCUGGUUUGCGCACCCUUGGUUUAUUAGAUCCGACACUCUGGUUCAUAAUCAUGAUUCUCUCCUUUCAGCUAUUACUUCUUUUCUGAAUUCUGGUCAUCCUUUUGCUUCAAUGCAAAAUAUUUUCAAUUUCUUAUGGUGCAUUUGGAAAGCAAGGAAUGAGCUCCUUUUUGAGCACAGGAAAGUACACCCGAACAAGAUUCACAUCAUGGCUGCAAAUACAGACUGCGCGCUGCAGGCUGAGGCACUGGUGUCGGGACAAGUGUACAGCAGUUUUUCAGACAGUCUGAAUAAUGAACAACAUAUACCUCUGCAGGGUACAACUAUCAAGUCUGAUCUCAUCAUUAAAGGGACUAAAAUUUAUUCUGAUGCGGCCUUUCGAUCUUCAAAAAUUCCAGGAAUCUAAAUGGAGUGGCUCACAAUCUUGCACAACAGGUGUACCAGGCUUCAGAUCAGCCACUGAUGAUUUGCUCUACAAGAUCACAUGACACAAACCUCUGUCCUGUUGCGGCUGCUCUAGCUCAAUUCUCUGGCACAGGGUUCCAACUACACAAGGUGUAUUGCUACUAAAAACAGCACUCAAAGCAAGGGUCCUCCUGCCUGCAAGAAUAGCUGGACUCUGGUGUUACCACAAGCAUAGGACAACACAUCUCUACCGGCGUUGGUGGUCUUUUCUUUAAGCUGCAGUUCAUCUGGUUGAUUAGUUUUUCAACCUAUCUUUGCUUCUCCAUUGCAGCCUCUUUUU